AUGCCGGCCAACAGGUCGAGACAGGGGUGUGAUGAGUGCCGAAGGAGGCGGAGAAAGUGUGACGAGAAGAAGCCCACCUGCGGUCCCUGUUUCGACUACAACCGCGUCUGCAAUUAUACCUUGAAUCUAGUCUGGGGCGGACGCUCUUUUUCCAAAUCCCGGUUUGGGACCUGUCUGCAAGCCCAGAACCCCUCAGCUACUAAAAUAUACAAUGAUGGGGGUGAUUUCAUUUAUGGCACCAAUGACCUUGCCCGAGAUUAUGCCUCGUUACCGCACACGCAGCUCCCGGUAAUCCCACAGAGUCUUCCAAAUGGCAUGCCCAUGCCCCCGCGAUAUAGGAAGCUAUUGGAUUACCUCGCGAAAGACGUCUUGGCUUCUCUAUCCUGCCAUCCCUCUAUCCACGAGGACCUUUGUCGGGGACUGGUCCCCGCAAUGCUGCAUUCGCCUCAUCUGCUCUCUGCAGGCCUUGCCUUGUCGGCGGCAGGGUUUCUUUCUCGGGGGUUGGUCAUGAUAGACGGCACCGACGUGUCUCGAAUUAUCGUCCACCUGCAAUCUUCAGGCUUGUCGCUGUUGAGGGCGGCCUUGGAGCGAGGCCAAAUGGACGAGGUCUCGCUAUCAACAUGCAUCAUCUGGUGCCUGGCGGACGUUUUCUCAACUAGACAAGGAGUUUCAUCGUGGCGCAUUCAUCUCGAGGGUGUCAGGGCGAUUCUUGGAAGUAACAAAGAAUUUCAAGAUAUCCUCGCCAAGCCAGGGCCUACCCAAUCUGCCCUAAAGCAUUUGUACCAACUAUACCUUUCUCUACAAACUUUACCUCACGUGCCGUCACUGCCUCAAGUAGAGACAUUGACGGAAACAGUGGCCGCGGAGAUUUCCUCUGAGCCAGAGAUGACUUCUCACCCCAAAAUAGAUGGCUUCCUAGGGUAUAGCGAGGAGCUUCUCGGCGUUUUACAACGGAUUGCUCAAUUGACCAACCAAGGCCAAAAUAACGAAGACUCCAUCCGCUUGGAAGCAGACAUACUGCUAGGGAGGGUGAAAAGCCUCAUAGCUCGAGACAUGAGCGCGCCUCCGAGCGUUUCCAUAUCUUCCGACCUGUCAACCGAAUCCGGAAGAGACUUUGCGCUCUGCAACAAGAUAUUUCAACAGGCAACUUUAAUUCAUCUAUAUAGAAGGCUCUACAAUUUACCUUCUGGAUCAGCGCCGAUACAAGGCGCAUUGACUGAGAUGAUAGAGCUGAUCAAUAGCAUGACGCAAGGGCAGCCCUGCCAUACCUGGGUUGCAAUGGCGAUGCCGCUUUUUACCAUGGGCUGUGAGGCAUUUAGUGAUGAGCAGAAGGAAUUUGUGCUCGAUAAAAUCCACAAAUUUGAAGUCUGCCUUGGAUCGCUCCAUGUACGUGUUCUUAGGCAAGCUCUCGAGGAUAUUUGGAAGCUCAGGCUUGAUCAAGGAGAUGUUGAUGGUACUCUUUGUGCCGGGCUAUUUCUA